GGAGAAGACAGAAAUGAUUCGCUCAUAUAUUCAAGAGGUGGUACAGUACAUUAAAAGACUAGAAGAUGCCCAGACCAAAAGGCAGGAAAAACUUGUGGAGAAACACAAAGAGAUCCGUCAGCAAAUACUGGAUGAAAAGCCCAAGUUACAGGCUGAACUUGAUCAAGAAUAUCAAGACAAAUUCAAAAGACUGCCACUGGAAAUCUUGGAAUUUGUUCAAGAAGCGAUGAAAGGCAAAAUCAGUGAGGAUGGCGAUCACAGCUCUACUUCUUCUUCCCUGGCAUCCGAUGGUGGAAAAUUGAACCACAAACCACUGCAAAAUGAAGAGCUAGAAGAUAAUCCAGGAAAAGUAUUUGAUACACCUCUCUAACAGCUCCCACAAAGAUCCCCAUCUUAAAUUUCUCUGACAGAGCAAGUCACCAUGUUGUUCCCCAGGAAUGUUCCUCUUUUUGAAUGACCAUUGGGCAGCUUCAGAUAUGGAAGACCUCCAUUGGGAUUGUACUAAUUUCUAAAACAAAUGAGUUGGGUGUGGAAAUUACAUCCUGUUUGUAGGCCUUGUUUUUCUUUUUUAGUUUAAUGGCAUAAACCAAGAGGUCAGUGUUUAUCUGGCCAUAUUUACAUCAGUCAUUUUUAAACCAUGAGCAGGCUGGAGCAUUCUUUGGGGACCAGUAUGUUUUGUGCAAGUAAAUGUGUUUACAUCUCUUUAUGAAACAGAAGUGACACAAUAUUCCACCCACGGUUAUCACAGUAUCCGUAAUUGUUUGUUACUUCCUUGGCAACCACACCUUGAAAGCUUUCGUCAUCUUAACAAUGGCACUUUGAGAAAAGAAACUUUUUUUUUCCCUUUAGCUUUCUGUGCAGUGAUAGUUGGCUGUGUUGGUUGUGUCUCAACAGGGAACUAUCAGUGUUAGUUCUCUGUAACUGUGGUAACUACUACUGUAGAAUAUAUUCCCAAACCAAAAUCUCUUUAAGACAUAAUAAAAUGAUUAUACAUGCUUCAGAUGUGAUAGGAAUUCACAUAUGUGUAUGCACAUUCUGUCUCUGUAAAUCAAACAUAGAGGCAAGUUCUUGCUGAACUUGAGGUAAAAUUAAAAGCUUUAGGAAAGAGACUCAUACAGCCAUCAGAGAUAACUGAUACUGUUAUGAAAUAAUUGUUGCACAAUCAGAAUCUUUCAUUCAGACUUCUGUACUACUUUCAAAUGUAAGAUAUAUUCAAAAAUGUUGCUUUCAAUUAUUUUUGGGUUGCAUCAUUGACCUACCGUAAUUAUUAAACUGGUUUGUGCUAUUAUAUCUUUCUUCUUUUUUUUAAUCUAUGGAACGCACAUGGAAAUGCCAUUUCCCAAGGGUAUAGAAAUGUAGAUGUUUCAAAUUUAAAAUAUAUGUGAAAAAGAAUCAGAGAAAUCUGAUUAAUUCUACCCCUUUAUAUAGUUAACCUUACGAAGGUUACAGUUCCACCCCCAGCAUUCCUUACUGCUCUACCUUGUGGAUAUUACUGAAACACUAUGGUUUGUUCUGAUAGCGGUAAGGAGUUGGAAUACAUAACAGCGUAUAUGUAGUUUGUUUUCCCUCAGGAGCUCAGUAAAAAUAACUUAUUUUAUUUAAAUGCAAGCAAUAAAUAGAGAUCAAACAAAAUAGAAAUUGAAUUAAAUGCUAAGUGUACAUAGGGAAACUAAAAUUUUGGCUAAACAGUAUUUUUUUUUUCAUUAGCUACAUCAUGCAUGAAGAAAUGUUGCACAUUGUUAAGAGUAUAUAAAAGAUAAACUGCUUACAUUUUAUGGAGUAAUUUAGAGGAUAUAAUGGAAAUGAAAAGUAUCAUUUUGAUUUUAAGAAGAUGACUCCUAUCAUUUAUUCUACUUUUGCACUUUGAAGAUCAAUAUUAUUAAUCAUUAAAUAUAAAAACCUGGAAGGGUCAAAGUUUAAUGCUGCAUUUUCUAAGAUAAAAGUUAAAUAAGUUUGUUUCAAGUUAAGACAGGCUACAAUCAUCCAGUAUUGAUACUAGUUCUAUAGUUAUUUCUUUGCCAUGCUUGUAUACUGCAGUUUCAAACCAGUAGGAGAAACUCUGAUAAGCUUUUUAAUUUAUGAUGUAAAGUUACCAAGUUAAUGGUUGACAGAGUAGUUGGUUUUCAGUACAUUUGUAACUGAUCAUUGACUGUACUUACUUUUUUAAUAUCUGUACAGUGCCCCUUUUUGCAGUUGUAGUUUUAGUGUGUAAUAUUGUAUAUCUUGCAUUGUUAAAACUUGCAGUAAUACAUCAUUUAUCAUGAAUAUUACUUGAAAUAAAGUAAGGUAAUGAAAAAGGAGUCUAUGAUGUGAGAGUCUUGUGCCUUCUAUGUAUUUGCCUUGUUAUGUUGUUGAACAUGUCAAAAUAAUCUACUGUGGACAUUUUGCUAUAGAGAAUAGAGCUGCAUUGAAUUACAUUGGGCCCCACUGUAUACUUCAGAUACACUACUGAGAAUUGUUUUAGCAGCUUCGGACAGACCUUCACACAGAGAAUUUGGACAUUUUAACUGUCAACAUGGUUGUGAGAGUUUUCUUUUAGAUAGGGCUUGCUUUCAUUUGAAACUAACAUUAUUGAACAUUGGUAUAAAAUAAUGUAUGUGACUGGCUGAUUGGAAAUAGUGGUUUUGCUUUCACUUAGGGAAAAGAAUCAUUUAACAUGUAUAUAAUUUUAUUUUUCAGCCUUUAGAUGCAUAAUCCACAUUUUUUGUAAGAACCCUAUGCAAUUUUGUGGCAUGAUGUUUCUUCCACUUGUAAUUUAUGUGCUUUCAUCACAGAGCCAAAUAAAAUUUCUUAACAUUA